AUGGGCAACGACAGGACCAUGGGCGCCUACUAUGCCCCAACCGGCGGAUUGCCACCACAGACACAAAUCCUCACCGACCGUGCCAUGUUCACCGAAGCCUACGCGGUUAUUCCCAAAGGAGUAUUCAGCGACAUUGUCACCAGCUUUCUGCCGUUCUGGGAGCAGACGCGGCUAUGGGUGAUUGCUCGCCCAUUGACGGGCUUCUCCGAAACCUUCUCGCAGUACAUCAUGGAAGUGCAGCCUGGCGGUGGCAGCGACCGCGCAGAACUGGACGACGAAGCAGAGGGCGUGCUGUUCGUGGUUGAAGGCGAAGUGUCGGUAACGGUAGCAAACCAAACCCACAAACUUGUCGACGGCGGUUACGCCUAUCUGCCUCCAAAGAGCGGCUGGACCCUACGCAACACCGGCUCAGCUACCGCUCGUUUCCAUUGGGUUCGCAAGGCUUAUGAACGUGUUGAUGGGCUGGAUGCGCCUGAGCCGCUUUUCCUCAAUGAAAAGGAGAUUGCGCCGACGCCUAUGCCACAGACAAAUGGCGCGUGGGCAACCACACGCUUCGUUGAUCCCAGUGAUCUGCGGCACGACAUGCACGUUACCAUUGUGACGUUUGAGCCCGGCGGUGUUAUUCCAUUCGCGGAGACGCACGUCAUGGAACACGGGCUCUAUGUGCUGGAAGGAAAAGCUGUGUAUCGCCUCAAUCAGGACUGGGUUGAGGUGGAGGCUGGUGACUUUAUGUGGCUGCGUGCCUUUUGCCCGCAGGCUUGUUAUGCUGGAGGGCCGGGCAAGUUUCGGUACCUGCUUUACAAGGAUGUGAAUCGACAUAUGAAGCUCAAGUUAUCCAAGUAG